AUGGAGAGUCAGAUUAGAGGGAACGUCCUUAGUCAUGUCCCCAAUGGGAAGCAGUUUUGCUUUCCCUUCGUCUCCGGGCACUGGACCAGCCACUCACUGGGAAAACAAGUGCUGGUGGCAGAGCCUUCUGUGGUUCCAGGCCGCCUUUGCAGAGACAGGCCCAUGGAUCCAGUCCGGGUUGCUGUGGUGGGGGCAGGGGUGAUGGGGCUCUCCACUGCUCUGUGCAUUUCCAAACUGGUCCCGGGAUGCUCCAUCACAGUCAUUUCAGACAAGUUCAGUCCGGAGACAACGAGCGAUGUGGCAGCUGGAAUCCUCAUUCCCCAUGUUUACCCAGACACACCCACCCACAAGCAGAAGCAGUGGUUUAGAGAGACCUUUGACCACCUGCGGGCAAUUGCCAAUUCUGCAGAGGCCCGGGAGGCUGCUGUUCACCUGGUGUCUGGUUGGCAGGUAUAUCGGAGCAUUCCUACUGAAGUGCCAUUCUGGGCUGAUGUGGUUCUGGGAUUUCGAAAGAUGACAGAGGCUGAGCUGAAGAAAUUCCCCCAACAUGUGUUUGGUCAUGCUUUUACAACGCUGAAACUGGAAGGUUCUGCCUACCUCCCAUGGCUGGAGAAAAGGGUGAAAGAGAGUGGGACGGUGACACUCACCCGGCGAAUAGAAGACCUGUGGGAGCUGCACCCGUCCUUCGACAUCGUGGUCAACUGUACAGGCCUUGGAAGCAGACAGCUUGUGGGAGACUUGGAGAUCUACCCCGUGAAGGGCCAGCUGCUUCAAGUGCAGGCUCCCUGGGUGAAGCACUUUAUCCGGGAUGGGAGUGGGCUGACGUACAUUUUCCCCGGUGUAUCCAACGUAAUCCUGGGUGGAAGCAGGCAAAGUGGAGACUGGAACUUGACCCCAGAUGCAGAAAUUAGCAGAGACAUUCUUUCCCGAUGCUGUGCUCUGGAGCCCUCCCUCCACGGAGCCUGGGACAUCAAGGAGACGGUGGGCUUGAGGCCCUACAGAGCAGGGGUUCGGCUGCAGAAGGAGCUCCUGGCCCGGGAUGGCCGGAGGCUGCCUGUGGUCCACCACUAUGGCCACGGGAGCGGGGGCUUCUCCAUGCACUGGGGGACAGCUCUGGAGGCUGCCAGGCUGCUGAACGAGUGUGUUCAAGCCCUCAGGACGCCCGCUCCCAAGCCAAAGAUAUAA